UGUGGAUGACGCUGGUGCGCAUCUCACCGACCGGGACGCAGAUCCGUGGACACCUCGGCCUUUUCCCCGCCGCACCGAGAGCCGCGUUUUCCCGGGAGCUGCAGCAGAGCGGAGCGGCUGGCCCUCGCUGCCGACGCGGGGUGGAGGCGGAGGCUGGUCGGUCGCUCAGUGUUAUGACAGACGGAGAUGACGGUCAUCAUUCUCAUCCAGGAGCAGCCCUGUUUGUUUUGCAUGGCGAAAUGAGGCAGGGGGUGGAGAGACGCCACAGAGACGCUGGGCUCCGGCCAAACAUCGCCGCAUAUUAGCGCUUCUUCGGUGCCCGGGACUUGCAUUGCAUCGCAUCUGCUGCGCCGCUGAUCGUGUUUUUUCUGCAAAGUGCACAGUGGAAAUGCAGCUCGUCUGAGGACACCCCCCCCCCCUCCAGAUGUCCGUUGCUGCUGCCAUGACAGGCAGAGGUCUCCUCUCGACCGCGGCUCAGCCGGUAGGAGAAGAGGCGGAUUGAUUCGGGCCGGUGGGUCUCAUCUGCGGAUGUUAUUAUUGUGUGCGUGGAGCCUGCUGUAAAUACCACCCGCGCACACACGCCGUGAUUGUCACUCAGGGACAGGGGAGAAAGAAAGCAACAUGUCUUCUCGAUCUGCAUUACCGUCUGGAAACGACAGGAGCACCGGAGACCAUCAUGUGUCGCUGGGGGCCAGCCGCUCAGACAAGGCCACCAGCCAGUCCAGCCGCUCGCUGGGUGCCCGGUGCAGGAACUCCAUCGCCUCCUGCUCCGACGAGCAGCCGCACAUCGGCAACUACCGUCUGCUCAAGACCAUCGGCAAGGGAAACUUUGCCAAGGUCAAGCUGGCCCGCCACAUUCUGACGGGCAAGGAGGUUGCAAUAAAAAUCAUUGACAAAACUCAGUUGAACCCAACCAGCCUACAAAAGCUCUUUCGGGAGGUACGAAUAAUGAAAGGCUUAAAUCACCCUAACAUAGUGCAGCUGUUCGAGGUGAUUGAGACGGAUAAGACCCUUUACCUAAUCAUGGAGUACGCCAGUGGAGGUGAAGUGUUUGACUACCUCGUGUCUCAUGGGAGAAUGAAGGAGGUCGAAGCCAGAGCCAAAUUUCGACAGAUUGUUUCCGCUGUCCACUACUGCCACACGAAGAACAUUGUCCACAGAGAUUUGAAGGCGGAGAACCUUCUGCUGGAUGCCGACGCCAACAUCAAGAUCGCAGACUUCGGCUUCAGCAACGAGUUCACACUGGGCAACAAGCUGGACACGUUCUGUGGCUCGCCGCCAUACGCUGCCCCAGAGCUUUUCCAAGGCAAGAAGUAUGACGGGCCUGAGGUGGACGUCUGGAGUUUGGGAGUAAUCCUCUACACAUUGGUCAGCGGCUCAUUGCCCUUUGACGGGCAGAACCUGAAGGAGCUGAGGGAGCGUGUGCUGCGGGGAAAGUACCGUGUGCCAUUCUACAUGUCCACAGACUGCGAGGGGAUCCUUCGCAGAUUCCUGGUGCUCAACCCUGCCAAACGCUGCACCCUUGAGCAAGUCAUGAAGGACAAGUGGAUAAAUUCAGGGUAUGAUGGGGAGGAUCUGAAGCCCCACAUAGAACCUGUUGAGGACUUCAGUGAUCCAGCUCGCAUAGAGGUGAUGGUGGGGAUGGGCUUCACUUCAGAGGAAAUCAAGGACGCUCUGCUCAAUCAGAAAUACAAUGAGGUCACCGCCACCUACUUACUGCUGGGCCGCAAAGGAGACGAGGCCAGUGAGGCUCGCUCUGCCAGUAGCCUGUCCCUGGCAAGGGUACGACCCAGCCCCAUCACCAACGGGACCAACAAGCACUCCUCAGCCACUGGCUCCUCUUCCUCCUCCACCUCCUCCUCACACAGCAAGACCCAGCGCAGUGCCUCCACUUACCACAGGCAGCGACGGCACAGUGACUUCUGUGGGCCUUCCAUGCCCGUCAUGCACCCCAAACGGAGUCCGACCAGCACAGGUGACCGGGAGCUACGGGAGGGGCGAAUGCCUUCUCGUAAGGCCAGCUGCAGCGUGAUGGGGAGCCACAGCCUCCCUCCCUCCAGCCCAAUGGUCAGCAGUGCCAACAACCCCAACAAGUCUGAGAUCCCAGACCGCCGCAAAGACAUGACUGCCACCACAAAUAACAUCCCUGGAAGUGCCAUGACACGCCGGAAUACAUACGUGUGCACAGACCGCUCGGGCGCUGACAGACACUCUCUCCUGCAGAACGGCAAAGACAACAGCUCUUUGAGCCACCGCUUGCCUGCAGCGUCUCCCUCCACGCUCAGCAUCUCUGGGGCGGGGGCAGCCUCCUCCUCUUCCUCUUCGGACCGAUGCCGCCUGACCCGAGGCUCCACAAUUCGCAGCACCUUUCACGGGGGACAGCUGAGGGACCGCGGGCCUCCGGUUUAUUCUGCCCCACCCACUUCACCUACCCUGUCUCACCAUGACGCUAGCCCCCUGCCCCACGCCCGCACCAGGGCGACCUCCAACCUCUUCUCCAAGCUGACCUCGAAACUCACUCGCAGGGUCAACCUUGACCCGUCCAAGCGCCAGGGCUCAAACAAAUCAGUCUCGGGUUGUACUCUUCCACAAGGAUCAAAAACAGUUAGGUCACAAAUGAAUCUGAGGGAAUCAGGAGAUUUGCGGUCACAAGUACUUGCAGCCAUGAUUCAUUACCAACAUUUUGUUUUUGUUUUUCCUGCCUCUAGUUGCCAUUUACCUGGGUAUCAAAAAGCGUCCGAGCCCCGGGCCGUCGGACGUGGCUGGGAUCUGAGAGGCGGGGGACGGCGGGACCCUGCGGAGGUGGUACUGGCUCUGCGGGAGGCAGCGUUCGGAUGUGGCUGCCAGGUCCACCACGCCGGCCCCUUUCUGCUCUCCUGUACCCACGGCUUGGCAGGGGGCCGCGUGGCUUUCGAGGCCGAGGUGUGCCAUCUUUCCACGGGCAACUCCGAGACUUCUAACGGGGUGCGCUACACGCGACUCUGGGGGGCACCGCUAGCUUUUCGGGACAUUGCCACCCAAAUCUCUAAGGACCUUGAACUUUGAACAAAGGGUGUGUUUGCGUAGGCUUGUGCUUUUUUUGUGUGAGUGUUGAUGCGUGUGUGUGUGCGUGUGCAAAUUCAAAGGGGUGGAAAUAGUUGAAGAAAAAAAAAAGCAGAGAAGGGGUGAGGGGCUGGACCCGAGAGAAAAGACUUCUCCUUCUGUUUCUUUCAUUACAACCCCCCUUGCACACACACACACACACACACACACACACACACACACACACACACACACACACACACACACACGCACACACACACGCACACGCACACACAUCACACACACAAACAUACACACACGCCUGACCCGUAAAGUCACAUAGACUGAUGCACCCACACUUCACCCUAUCACCCCACCCAGCUCAGCCAACUUCUUCUCUGAGCUGCUGCACCCACUGGACCUGGAUCAGAUGGAAUCUAGUUGAAUAUUUUUUAUUGCUACUCUAGCCAUAAUGACUCUUAAUUUUGUUAUUUAUUGCUCUGAUAAUUGUUUUUACCCACUGUCACUAUCACCACUACAGGAAAAACACCAUUGUGUAGUGGACGUCAUUGACAAGCCAGUCCUUUUUUUUAAACUGUUCUUUUAUAUGUUUAUGUACACUGUUAAUUUGUUUCUCCUCACAAUGAUUACCUGCUGACGUUUCAUCACCUGGGGACAAUAACAUGCACAAAUGUGGAGAUGGUCAGAUUCGGUGAGAAGGUGAGCAGUAGCAGAGGGUUGCAUCGCAUUGAUUGGUGCACACACAGCAGUGACGGCUGCACUGGAUUAAGGUCAGUGGGAGCAGGGUUGACAGGCCUUUGGAACAGCCAAUCAGAGGCUGACUCUGACACUAAUGAACCAGUGACAUGUUGAGCUUGAUUAUCCAGUAGAGUUCUCAUCUCUCAAUCACAUUAUGAGACAAGCAGAAAAUAGAAAUGUAGAUAAACUUUACUGUGAAAAAAACCCUCAUAAAUUUGGAAAAAUCAUGUUGAAUUCUAGAUUUUUGUUGCAUUAAUAUCAAAAUUGAUUUAGUUAAAUAAC